AGUAAAGUAUCCUGCUGGCAGUGAGAAGUAUUUACGUAAUGACGUGAUGCCUCAGGACGCACGCAACGUGUCCCUGUUCUGUUGACUGGGAAGCCCCUAGCGCGGAGCUGCCAACGCCCGGCGUAAAGACACAGAGAAGACGAUCUUGAAUGAAUAGUGAGGACUGUAAAACACAGCUAUGCAGACCAUCAAGUGUGUUGUAGUUGGGGACGGUGCAGUGGGUAAAACCUGCCUGCUCAUCUCUUACACCACGAACAAGUUUCCCUCUGAAUAUGUACCUACAGUGUUUGAUAACUAUGCGGUCACUGUAAUGAUCGGAGGCGAGCCCUACACUUUGGGCUUGUUUGAUACAGCAGGUCAAGAAGACUACGACAGGUUACGACCUCUGAGUUAUCCCCAGACAGACGUCUUCCUCGUCUGUUUCUCUGUCGUGUCCCCCUCCUCCUUUGAGAACGUCAAGGAAAAGUGGGUUCCAGAGAUCACCCACCACUGUCCAAAGACCCCCUUCCUGCUAGUUGGGACUCAGAUUGACUUGCGGGACGACCCAUCCACUAUAGAGAAGCUGGCCAAGAACAAGCAGAAGCCCAUCACCCCGGAGACGGCCGAGAAGCUGGCCAGAGACCUGAAGGCUGUGAAGUAUGUGGAGUGCUCCGCCCUCACGCAGAAAGGCCUAAAGAAUGUGUUUGACGAGGCGAUACUGGCUGCAUUGGAGCCCCCAGAGCCCAAGAAGAAACGCAAAUGUGUGCUGCUAUGAGAGGCUCCUACCUUUUCACAGCACUCACACACAGCACACACACACACACACACCUUUAAUACGUACAACCACGCCUCCCCUGCCCCACCCCCCUCCCCUGGUUGACAGCGAUGUCCUCCACAGGGAAGACUAGAAAGAAAGCCGACCAAGUUUCAUAUAACUGCAAUAAUAACUCCACCCGCAGUUGGAGUUGGAACAGAAGAUGAGCCAGACCUCGCUGACAGGUGCUGUGGGCUCCGGGCGGAGUGGCAAAACCUUGGACAGGGACCCAAACAUCAAGCUCACAUACAAGUACACUUCAUUUUGUCCAGCUUUUGAUAGAGCGACUUGGAUACAGUCUAGUGUUGUGGCCUGUUCAGCUUUUAGAUGCCCAGCCAUUUAGUUGUCCUCAGCCAAUGUAAAGAGUUCCUGGACAUCACCCCCGCCCCAGCCCCCUCCCAGCUGCCUGAUCAGUGGCUGAUCAUGCUACUGGCCCCGCCCCUCAUGGCCUGAUCCCCACGCUUUCCCUCAGCACUGCCAGAAGAAAUGCUAGCAGAGUAGUGCUGCUUUGUUUCUGUUUGCCAACAGCCCACGACGCGUCUGAGAGAUUUGUUCCACGUUCCAGAUAGACGCUCUAAACCACUAAGGAAACUUUAGAUCUGGCAGAACGGCUAAAAUCACACAACUCUCAGCAAGGUAAUGAAUUGGUAAAUACUGCUGUCUAGUGUCCAGUCCUGUUGGCGUCAGCAGAGUCCGUUUGGAGAGAAGAAAUCACUUGAAGAGCUGAAGGCAUCCAUUAGACCACAGGAACUGGCCUUUUAGAUGCAGGGAACUUAAACAGUGUUAGCAGAACAAGCAGUGUGUUCUUUAUGCGUUUCCAGGGACUGUGGGAGGGUAUAGCAGGAUAAACGUUGUCAUCGCCUUACACUCAGAACGGGUACAGCAGAGACAAAUGUUCAUUCCACAGCUGGAGAUCCAUAUCUAAAAAUUCCACCAGGAUUCUGUGCCAGGGCAGGAUCUGGUGCCUCCCUGUCGGGUCAGGGUGUCUGCCUUACCCGUUCAGACUGUACGGUGCUGCGUGGAGCCGGGCCCAGGUCUCUGAUCUAACUGAUAGGUUUAACAGAUGUAAUUAUAAUGUUGAUGUAUGCUCCAGGUGUUUUUACCAAAAUCUUAUUUUUUUUUUUCUUCAGUAUUUCUGUUUGUGUUUUUUAUUUUAUAUAAAUAUAUUAAAAAAGUAACUCACUCCAUUUACAUUUAGGGGUUGGAACUCAUCUGAACUCUUACCUGCCAGUUUAUAGCAGAAUAACCUCUGAUUGGUUACGUUUCAUAAACCCUCCUAUGGCAGAGCACUGCUUGGUAGAGGUUACUGUCAUUGGUUGGUUCUUGUUUUCUUAACUGGUGGCUUAGAGUUGGGUUGAUGUCGAGCCCGAGUCAGGAUAAUUAUUAUAACCUGUUGUUGUUUUGGUGACAAACCAAAUGCUCUGUCUGAAGUCUUUGUUCUUUGUAUAUGCAUUCUUUUCAGAAAUAUUAAACUUAUACCUUAAUUGCCUUUA